AUGACAGCAGCUUCCCAGAAACCACCAGAGGCGGAAGGUGCUUCUGGGAAGCUUCUGCAGAAGCUUCGGUGGAAGCUGCUGGCAGCACGCAUUCCUUGUGCAGCAGCUGAAGUAUGGCGGCCAGAGCUGCAGAUACAGCCUGCACCAGUCCCACCGCCCUCUUGGCACUCACAGCAGCAGCAGCUGUGGGUGCACUGUCGUUACCACUCACCAGGGCGGAGUCAACCACUCCCUCCUCCGCCAUCCGCUCCAUCUCCUCCUCCCCAACCGCACUCAACCGGCAGUAUUGCCGCAGCACCGCUUCCCACUCCCCUUGCACCGCCUCAAAAUCCUCUCCACCCCCUGAGGCUCCCACUAAAACUCAUUGCCUUUGUUUCCUUCUUCGGCCUUGCUCCACUACCACGCUCCCUUCUUUCCCCCUCCACUCCCUUCCCCUUCCCUCCAUUCACUCUUCCCCCCCUUCCCCCUUCCCCCCUUUCCCCCUUCCCCCGCGCCCUCCCCUCCUUUUCCCCCGCAGCUGCACCUACCCCAGCUCCCACCUCCCUUUCGGCCCUUGAGGUGGGAAGAGGUGGGAGGGGGAGGAGAGGGAGAGGAGAGCAGGCGGGGAGGAGGCCUCUGGACUGCGCUGUGCUGUAG